AUGGAUUCACCCCCACCGAAAAAGUCCAAAACCGUGCAUGCCAGUUCCUGGAAAGUCAUGAUGACCUUUUUCUUCGACUGCAAGGGGCCGCUGCUUAUUGACUUUCUGGAAUAUGACACUACAACUAACGUACAGCGGUAUGUGAAAACUUUGAACAAAUUGAAGCGCACCAUCAAGUCCAAAUGUCUAGGAAUGUUGACCAAGGGCAUGAUUCUGUUGCACGAUAAUGCUUUCCCACAUAUUGCUCAUGAUGUUGCGACUACGCUGCAUAAGUUUCACUGGGAAGUCCUUAAACAUCCACCAUAUGGUCCAGAUCUCUCCCCAUGUCAAGAUUACCACAUUUUUGGAGCUCUGAAGGAAGACUUGCGUGGCCGUCAAUUCGCUUCGAACUCAGAGUUGCAAUCCUGGAUACAAUUAGGGUUCCACAGGCAACCGCAAACAUUUUUACAUGAUGGCAUUGACCAUCUUGUCUCACAGUGGGAUAAAUAUAUUAACAGUUAUGGCUAUUACUUUUGA